UCAUCACUCUCUCUCUCUCUCUUCACUUUGCUUCGCAGAGAGAGUUUGAGUUUUCCCUAUUUUGUAGUCACAUUCACAUAAGGACCCUCAUAGGGUAUAUGCACCUUUGUAUUUGAGGGUUUGGUUGGACCCUUUGGUCCUUCCCCUCUCUCUCUUUUACUCUCUACAAUCCUUUCACUUUGAUUUCUCUCUCCAAUUCAAUGCUAAUCCAUGAUCCUCUACAUGUAAUCCCACCUUAACUUUCCUAAACCUCCCUUUGAUCUCUCUCACCAUGUCCGACGGAUCUCCUCCUCCGGUUACCGGCGAACGAUCCUCGCCGUCGCCGGAACAUAAUUCCCGAAACCACGUCUCCGAUUCCCAGAACCACCACGCCCCCACUCCCAAGGAGGAAACCGCCGUCGCUCCUCCUCCCCCAACCACCAGGAGCAACCGCCCCUCCCGCGCGUGCACCAUUCGUGCCGCGUCUCGCCUCUAUUCCACGUCGCAGCAGCAACCGCCGGCGGUUGAACGGAAGCUGAAAGCCUCGAAGAAGGAGCAGCGGCGGGAGGAUUCGCCGCCGCAGCCGUCGCAAUGCAGCAAGAUCGUUACGCCGUUGGUGGAACCUCCCUCGCCGUCGCAGUCGCCGCGGUGGGACCUGCGGUCCAUGUGGGAGUUAGCUUCCAUACUCAAUUUCUUGCAUCUAUUUAGGCCUCUUUUGAAUAUCUCACUAGAAUUCUCUGCUGAAGAGUUCGAGACAGCUCUUCUUGUCCCCAACGACACUUUGAGUGAUAUACAUAUGCCUUUGCUAAAGGCAAUCCCUCCUAUUACACGAAUGGCACUCACACGUGAUACUUGGAUAACCGUACUAUGCCGGAAAUUGAGAGAUUGGUGGCAUUGGGUUGCAGAUGGGGAUCUUCCAAUUGUUGCAUCACAUGGGGCGGAGAUUGAAGUAUAUAAAUCACUUCAUCCCGGGGUCCGAGUUGUCAUCUUAAAAGCACUAUGUGACAUUCGUGUUGAGCAAGAAGAUAUCCGAAGUUAUAUUGACAACUCAAUCAAACAUGGUGUUCAGCUUUCAACAUUCCGUAAAGAGCGUAUUGGAGGUGAUUCACAUGGAAUUUCUUAUUGGUAUGAAGAUGACCCAAUUAUUGGUCAUAGGUUGUAUCGAGAAAUAAGGAAAACUGAAGUGGUUCAAAUAAAAAAGGGAAAAGCAAGGGGUUCCCAGGUUCUUUCUAAUACAUCAUACCAGUGGGAAGCAGUUGCUACCAAUUUUGAUGAAUUUCAAGAUGUUUCUGAGAAGCUUUUCUCAAGUAAAAAUAGAACAGAGGUUUCUGUGGGGAAAAAGCUGAAGAUAGACAUGCUUCCUGAAAUUGAGAAAGUUCAUAAGAAAAAGGAGAGGUUGCUGAAAAAGCAACACAGACAAGCUCUUCUUCUUGAUAAUUACUUGGUUGUUGAUGGGCUUGCUCCCGGGCGUUCGCUUCGUGAUAGGAAACCCGUUACCUACACUUUCGAUGAUUACGAUCGGUCCAUCAAUGAGGCAAUUAAAGUAACCAAGCGGAAACAGCCAUCCCCAGAACCUCUGCCCAGGAGAGAAUCAGUACCAAAACCUGAAGCUUUGACUAAUGGUAAAUAUGGUCCUUCACAUGCCCCACAACAUCUGAAUUUUGGUAUGUCAUCUCCAGAAUCAUCUUACUCUGAUGACGAUGAGGAAGAGUAUAAAACUGACACAUUGGAUAGAAGGUGUGACAUCAGCAAUCGGCGAAGACAGAAACCUAAGCGGUAUUCAGAGAAAGAGUUCGUCGACGCAGUAUCAGAUAAUGAGGCAGACUUUGACAGUGAUGAUGAUAUUGUUGGAGAAGCCGUAUAUGAUGAAGAAUAUCUCAAGAAACGCAAGCAGAGAAGGAAGCUAUCUAGUAGCUCUGAAGGAGAUGAAGAAUAUCAGUGGAAUGAAGAUAACGUUGAAGAUGAAGAAGAAGAAGAAGACGAUGAAGAUUCCUUGAGCAUGAGUGAGGAUAGUGACAAACCCCGUAAAGUCAAACAAUUGCCAGGCCGUACUAGGAGGGAAACUAAACGCAAGUCUGUGGAUGAGAUUCAAUCAGGUCUAAGACGCAGUAAGAGGGCAACUAGAAAUCAAAUAAAUUACCGUAACUAUGAGGUGUCGGAAUCAGAAACAGAGUUUAUUGAACCUGAGAAAUCUAAUGCAUCAGCUGAUCACUCAGAUCCCAGUGAGAAUGGGGAAUAUAUGAUGGAAAGUGAAGAUUCAGAUGGAAAUGAUGAUGAAGAUCAGGAAAUGAAAGUAGAUGAGCCUAUUACUUAUCCUGCAGAGGAAGAGAACCAAAAAAACCAGCCUCCUGAACAAUCAAGUAGUCCUGGUCAGGAAGAAGUUGAGGGCACGGGAAAAAGACGUUUUCUUGAUUUGAAUGAGCUUGCCCCUAGCUCUGGUUUUGAUGAUGGUCCAAGUACGAUAAUGAAAGAUGAAGACAAUGAUUACUGAAGCUUGCCCUUCUGCUUGAGAGCAGGGAUUCUAUCAGGGAAGGCAAUGUGUAUGAUAAUAGAACUAUAAAUUUUGUUAUAAGCCCCACAGAGGAAGUUACUAUCUGGUCUCUUCCUAUGGCAUGAUCUAAGCAGCCCUUGGUGCAUGAUUUGCCACCAGAAGCAGCAUGAUACCGAGUUAUGUAGAUUAGUUAGAGUCAUUUUUUUUUAGCGUUUUACAUUCAAAAGGUCUACCAAAAUGAAUGAGAAAUCGUGGGGCGUUAUUUAGCCCAUCCAAUUGAUGUACAAUAACUGUUAAGAGGUACUGUAACUUUAAAAAGAUGUGGCAUUUAGAUUAUCAAGCCCUGCUAGUUCUAUUUUUC